GGGGUGGGCCUAAUCAGCCCGUCUCCUCCAAUCACGGCGCGGGUUGUUGGCAGGCGAGCCGGCGCGUGGCUUCUGUGCCUUUCUCGCCCAAUAUGGCGGUCGCGGUGGGGCCCGGCCGGGGCGCCGAGGAGCUGACCUUGCUGGAGAAGUCUUUGGGGUUGAAGAAGGGGAACAAGUAUGGCAGCCAAGGGGAGCGGAAGGUUCCUGUACUACAAACAAACAAUGGACCCAGUCUGACAGGACUGACCACUAUAGCCAUGCAUCUAGUCAAGCAAGCAAAACGGGACCAACUGCUUGGGAGUACUGCAGAAGAGAAAGCAAUAGUGCAGCAGUGGUUAGAAUACAGAGUGACACAAGUAGAUAAGCAGUCCAGUAGAGAAGAAACUAGAAUAAUUCUGAAGGAUCUUAAUUCAUACCUUGAAGAUAAAGUAUAUGUUACCGGAAACAACUUUACUUUAGCAGAUAUCUUGAUGUAUUAUGGACUGCACCACAUCAUAGCUGACCUUACAGUGCAGGAGAAGGAGAAAUACCUCAAUGUGUCUCGCUGGUUUAAUCACAUUCAACAUUAUCCAGGUAUCAGACAACGUCUGUCGAGCAUAGUCUUCAUCAAGAACAGACUCUAUAAUGCUCAUUAAGAGAUCAAAUGCCGUGUUCAGCGUUCUCGAGAUCCACUAACAAGCAAGCAUUUGGAUCCACUAACGAGCAAGCACUGUUCUGUUACUUCCCAUUUGUGAAGCUGAACAGUCGGUGCCUAAAGUAAUAAAGUUGCAGUGAGUAGCUAUCUAGAAUUGUGGACUUCAUCAAAACAGUUGCCUGGCAAAUUCAACAAGUGAAAUGUGAAUCAAGGUUUUUUUUGCAGAAUGUAGGACACCCAUUUAAUCAUACCAGCAUAUAGGAACUUGGCUUUUAUUGUAGGAAAACAUACUGCAAUAUAUGUUGUUGUGCUAUUUGUCUGAAUUGUAUCAUGCAUAGUAUUUGUCUGUAUUUUUCUCCUGUGGUAAUUUUGUACAACCCAUUGUGCCAAGGAUUUUGGAAACGAGAAACCAAAUGUAUUGGUAGAAAAUCAUAUUUAUGUGAUAAAUUAUUUUAAAGUC